AUGGAGGUUAUUGCCAACUCUAUCGAUCGUAUCCGCGAGGCUGUGAGCAAGUCACCGCUUCUGCUGAAGCAGCAUUAUGAUGAGCUCGAGGCGAUCGCACAGCAGCUCGCCGACCUUGCCGGGCGAAUGUCGACUGCGGAGAAGGUGAGCAAUCUGCAAGAUGCGCAGCCGGAAGCGUUGCAUCCAGAGGUGGUUUUCGAGGCCGAAUCUAGUGCCGAUUCCGAGUCCGAUGAACAUUCCGGCGCCGCAAACGCCGUGUCCGACACGAGUGCGUCUGCACUGUCUUCAUCGACCGCAACAUCUGCAUCGUCUGUCCCAGCCGUCAGCGUCGUCGCAUCUACUCGUGCUUUGUUCGAGGCAGCGUCGGUCCCAGCCCCCACCACGCCCUCGAUCAAGACCGGUCGCAAGUGGAAGCGUCCGGCCCCGGCCCCGGCCCCAGCCCCCACCACGCCCUCGAUCAAGACCGGUCGCAAGUGGAAGCGUCCGGCCCCGGCCCCAGCCCCAACCCCAACCACGCCCUCGAUCAAGACCGGUCGCAAGUGGAAGCGUCCGACCCCGGCCCCGGUCCCAACCCCAACCACGCCCUCGAUCAAGACCGGCCGCAAGUGGAAACGUCCGACCCCGGCUCCGGCCCCUGCCCCUGUUGCUCUACAGACCAAGCCUCCACCGCCGUCCUUGUCCACGACUUGUAUCGUGUACCUGCAGCCAGGCCAGCCUGAUCCCCAGCUGAAGUGCGGUCACAGUGAGAUCUGUGGGCGCUGCAUUGGCGAGAUGUGCGCCACAGAGCUGGCAGGCAUGUCCCGCAUAUUGUGCCCGUCGCUCGAGUGCCGCGCACCGAUCACGUACAAGGUGGUCUCCACUUGGCUGCCGGAGGACGCUCGCAGUCAUCACCUCGACAACUUCAACUUCAUUGUCGGCGGCGGCGAGUCCGACAGCUGGUUGUGGUGCUCGAAUCCAGACUGCUCGGACGCGUGGCCGGUCCACGCUGCCACCGAUGGCGUACUCACCUGCCGAUGCACUGCCCGGACAUGCGUCGCCCACUCGGAGCCGUGCCUCCCGCGCGGCACGGGCUUUUGCUGCCGUGUCAGCUCGGGUGACUUUGCAUCCACCAUCGACGCAUGCCCAUCCACCAUCAAGAUGUGCCCCAAGUGUGACACCCUCAUUGAGAAGAACGGUGGCUGCCGCCACAUGACCUGCGUCUGUGGCCAUGAGUUCUUCUGGUGCUGCCUCCGCCCCUACCGCCAGAUCGAAGCCGCCCGUGCCCACUACAGCGAUCCUGUGUGCAUCACAGCUGAGCUUUGA